AUGGAAGUCAAAAUUGCGCUUGCCAGCAGCACAACGUCGGUGUCAUACUUCGAUUUCCAAUUAAAAGAGGAAAUUGAUGAAAAUCCAACAUCAGCAUCUUGCAGUAAUUCGGUCAUUAGCAGUACAACAACAACAGUGACAGUUGGCAGUAAUUUCGUAGGAGCUGCAACUGAUCACAGUGGCCGCGGCACCAGUUGGCACAAUAGCAACGGUAACGGUAAUUUCGAAGGCGUUGGCGUUGCGCCAGUUGCAGCAUCACCAACACUGACACCACCCACACCGAUUAGUCCACGUGAAUCGCAAAGUCCCGAUGGUCAUACGUCGGUUAGCUCGACCGGGUCCAGUGAUACCAUAUCAGAUCAGCAAUUUGCCAUAGCGGAUUCCAAUUCCAACAGCGUUACGAAAUCAUUUGUGCCGUGCAAAGUUUGUGGCGACAAGGCGUCCGGCUACCAUUAUGGUGUAACCUCAUGCGAGGGUUGUAAGGGUUUCUUUCGCCGCAGCAUACAAAAACAAAUCGAAUAUCGUUGCCUGCGUGAUGGUAAAUGUCUGGUGAUACGUUUGAAUCGAAAUCGUUGCCAGUAUUGUCGCUUCAAGAAAUGCCUGUCGGCGGGCAUGAGUCGAGACUCUGUUCGUUAUGGUCGCGUACCGAAGCGUUCACGUGAGCUAAAUGGCACACCUUCGUCUACGGAUGAUCCGAAUGUCAUUGUGCGUGUGAGUACACCGAAUACACCGCAAACGCCACAAAUGUGUUCAGUCGCCUCGUCACCCUCGGAAUUGGGCUGUACGGGCCAAAGUAGUGUCGCUAACACAGCCAACACACCCGGACCGGGUGGCGUUGGUGGUAUGGGUGUGGGUGUUAAUAUGAGUGUCAGUGUUGGUGCCGGCGGUGCUGGCAGUAUGAUGGGACAAUGCGGCAAUGUUAACGUUAAUGUUAGCGGUAUGAAUGUAGUUGGUGGCGGUGGCAUUACGAAUGCUGAUAAUAGCGGUUGUGGUGUUGUCGAUAUGCAAGGAACAACCGCUGAACUGUCCGUUUAUGAUGUGAUUAUGUGCGUCUCACAGGCGCAUCGUAUGCACUGCUCAUAUACGGAGGAGCAGACACGCGAACUGAUGCGGCGACCAGUGGCGGUGCCGCAAAAUGGAAUUGCCACUUCAGUAUCGGAAACAAUGGAAUUUCAGAAGAUUUGGAUGUGGCAACAGUAUGCGGCGCGCGUUACACCCGGCGUUCAACGCAUCGUCGAAUUCGCGAAACGUGUGCCCGGCUUCUGUGAUUUCACACAAGACGACCAGCUGAUACUCAUCAAAUUGGGCUUCUUCGAGGUGUGGCUCAGCCAUGUGGCACGCAUGAUAAAUGACGCAACAUUGACAUUCGAUGAUGGCACUUAUCUGACACGACAACAACUCGAAAUUCUGUAUGAUAAUGACUUUGUCAUCUCGCUGGUGAAUUUCGCCAACACUCUCAACAGUUACGGCCUAAGCGAUACCGAAAUUGGCCUCUUCUCUGCCAUGGUAUUGCUCGCUUCCGAUCGCUCCGGCCUCGCUGAACCGAAAGUGAUUUCAAGAUCGCGCGAACGCGUAUCCGAAGCGUUACGUGUCCAGUUGGUGCGUUCACGUGCCGGUUCCACACAAGCGCUACAACUCAUGCCGGCACUGGAGGCUAAAAUACCCGAAUUGCGUUCGUUGGGCGCCAAACAUUUUUCACAUUUAGACUGGCUGCGAAUGAAUUGGACUAAACUGCGAUUGCCACCGCUGUUUGCGGAAAUUUUCGACAUACCCAAAACAGAAGAUGAUCUGUGAAGGAAUCAACAACGGCGAUGCGAUGCAGCGUAAGCGCGAAACAUUACUCAAAGAGUGGAAAAAUGCAUAGGAAGGGGAAGGAAAUGCCGCAAAAGGCGAUAGAGUGUGGAAACUGGGAAAUGAGUUGAGUUAAGCGACGUAGGGUAGAGGAGAAGAGGGAGGGGAACUUUCGUGUGGCAACUGUGCGAAAUGUGAAAGUCUUAAAUAGGCAACCAGUGAGCAAGCAAAGAUUUUUUGAAUCUAUAUUAUAAAAAAACCUAAGCAAAAUAUACCGUAUGUUUUCUAAACUUAGCGUGAGUAGUUUGUAAGCAAAAAUUAUAAAGAAAAAGAAAACUUUAACUAAUUUAUAUAGCAGAAAUUUGGAGGAAAUUUAAGUGAAAAAUUUUAGUUUUGAUUUUAUAUUCUCUAAGUGAUCGUGGAGCGAUUACAAACGUUUGUAGUUAGAGUGCUGAGUUUUUUUUCAUUUGAGUUAUAAAAUUUAUUUUCUAGAAACUCUAAUAAAUGUGUUUAUGGAAAUUAGAUACCAGUUUUAACUAAGCAUGCUUACAAGCAUAUGUAAUUUUAAUGAAGUGAAAAAAUAUAUACAUUAGACUGCAUCACCAAAAAAAGUUGCAGUUUUUC